AUGGAGGGGACCCCGUCGGGAAGGAGGACGGGCGGGGACUCCGGAGAGACACCCCCCGGGGGGCGGUGGCCCCGGGCGGGGCGGGACGAGCAGCGGCCGCCUCCGGCGCAGGACGCCGCCCCGCUCCGCCCCGCCCCGCCAGGCAGCGCCCGGCCCGGCGUGCAGUGGCGGUGCGGGCCCGGCGGCUCCUCGGCUGCCAUGCGGAUCCUCACCGGCCCUCGCUGCGCGCUGGUGCUGCUCCUCCUCUUCGUCCCCGGCUCCCAGUCGAACAACUCCAGCAGUACUACACCCUUUACUACGAUUCCAGGCAAUGAGUUGCAAGGAAGUAGCAGUUCAUCUACUUCUACUGUUAUAUCGUCCACACAAUCUACAACCACAUCUGCAGCAGGUUUGUCCACGAAUACUACUCAUCUGACCAGUACCGGGCAGCCCACCACCACUGCGACUACCGCCUUAACAACUGAGUCCACCAAAACCAGCCAGACAACGAGAUCCACCACAGCUUCACCAGUCACAUCAUCACAACCCAAUAGUACGGUGGUGACCACUUCCAAGGCUUCUUUCACUUCUGUAACAGCCACAUCAAAAUCUGAGGCUGUUGUAGCCAAAACCUCCAGAUUUGAUGUGGGCAGUUUUGUAGGUGGCAUUGUGCUGACACUUGGAGUCCUAGUUAUUCUCUACAUUGGAUGCAAAACCUAUCAUUCUAGAAGAGGCAUUCAGUACAGAACCAUUGAUGAACAUGAUGCCAUCAUUUAAAGAGACCUCAGGGAAGACAUCCUGUCGCAGCUGUUGUAACUCACUGCUGAAAGAGUUCCUUUCGUUAAGAUGAUCAGUCUCUAAACCUGUCCUGGGCGUGAUCCUGCAAAAUGUUGAGAAGCUCUUUAAAAAUCCUGUUUUUUUUGCAUUUGCUUUUAUAAGAAGAAGAACUCAGCACUUCAUAGAGACAGCAUUUUCUUUUUCCAGCAUUUGUAACUAAAUUUAAAAAAACCACACAUUGAGUAAUAUUAAGGUACACACACAAGUCUCUCAAAUAGCUAAUUACUAGCACAGUGGAUUGCAUCAUUGGAAUUCUAAGUUCAGUUAUUUCUUACAUACUGCAUAAAUCCAGUAUGUUCCCAAAUGGAUUCAGUAGGUUAAAUAGGAUAGCUUUGAGACCAAGCAUAGGUUUUUACAAGUAAAAUGGUUUGGUUUUUUCCCAAUAUUUUAUAUUAAAUUGUAUUUAUUUUUAAGUUUGGUGUGAACUUUAGUUUAGAAAUUUUGGAUUGUGAACAAUUCAGCUAUUUUUUUAUUAGGCUAUAAAGGGACAUGGCUUGCUAACUGCAUAGAAGGUGAUAAUUUGUACUUUAAACUUCAGUCAUUAGCUCACCAGUGACCUGCAGAGACUUUCCUUAACAGGAAACAGGCUCUGCAGUGGGACCAGCCGCAGGAAGCACGGACAGACUGGCCGUACCCAUCCACAACCCUUUUCUCUAAAUGGCUCCUUAAAAGAGAACAGACUGUGCCAUCCAUAGCUUCUUUCUUCUCGCAUGUCCUAAUGAAGCAUGUGCAAUUGAAGGCAAAAUAAAAAUGGAAAAAAGUAAUUGUACCAUCAUAUGAAAAUUGCUUCUAAAAAUUGGCUUUUAAGUUGAGUGUAGCAAUUGCUUCACUCUUGGGUUUUAUUAUUAUGAAGUUUUAUGUUUUAGUAGCAUUUGAUAAACAUUGAAACUUAAGCAGAGAACUGGAAAACCUGUAAGAUAACAUUUUAGAAGAAUAUAAUCUGCAUUUUUACGAUUUUCAGAAAUUGGUACUGCUACACACAUGUACCAAGGUCUGGUCAAAAGUCCACUGAAGGCAACGUGGCACCUCUCAGAAGACCUUUAGAUGAAGGCCCAAAUACCCUGGGGGCCCUGUGGGAGAUGACUGAUGCUGCUUCCAUGUCACUUCUGCGGUCACUCUGAGGUAACCCUGCUGUCCUCAGCAGAUGGGCUCCCCACUGACACUGGUGUAAGGAAACCAGAGCAAGGACCAAGAAACGCAGGCCUGCAUCUCCUGGUGUCACUGAGUACUCCUCCAGCCCUGCUCAGGCUCCACGUGUAGACCUCUACCUCCUGGAGAGGGUUGCUGUGGUGGGACUUGACCACUGGCACCAGUCCACCAUUCGGGGUGCAGGCAGGGGGUGGUGACAGCCACCCCAGUCUGUCAGGGGGCUGGGGCACAAGGCAUCGGGGGAAAUAAGACUUCAGCUCUGGCACAGCUUAAAUUUUUUUUGGUUGAGCAAUAGUUUCUUCUGACAGGCAAGGUUAAAGUGACCAUUUGGAGUAUUUUUCCUCUUUCCCAGGGAGCAGUAAUCCUGUUGUGUCUGAGGCACAGCCGCCUCCAGCAAACCGUGGCUAAUGAGGAGCCUUAAUGGCACCAGCCCCACACCUGGAAUGCGGGUAGUGGGGCUGCCUUGGUUCUCACUGAGAUUGAGGUACAGGGGGAAGAGUGAUUUGAAGUAACUUUUGUGACUGUUCGGUGGAAAACUUCCAGUUUUGACUUGAAGAGUUUAGAAACGGCUCUUCCCCAGAACUGCAGUACCUUACUUUGUGGAAAUUAAGACAAUUUAGUCCAACUCAGAUACUGGGAUUGUCUCACCUCUGUUGUACAGAUGAAUAAAUAAAAUGAAAUCUUUGGAGUUACUA